AGCAUUCACCUUUCCAACAAAACAAAGGAACCAUGUUAAUACAACCCUGAUGAUCCCAGUGGUCCGGAGAGAUCGUCACGCUAAACGAGGUUCAUAUAUGUGCGAACCUUGGUAGUUAGCUCAACUUCGACCUUCAUCCGUGAAGAUCCGCCCCUCGAAUUCUCUCCCAGUUUCCUCCUUUGGUAGCUCGAAAUAGCGACAAAACAAUGGCCAACACCACAGCACUCCUCUUCUUUUCCUUGGCCGCUUUCGCUGCCUGCUCGCCUUCCACCUGCACCUUCAUUCCCUCCACCAACGCCACCACGACAAACUAUCCGGGUUCAUCGUUCAUAAAGACAUCCGCAUACCCUUACAAUAUUUCCGUUCUAUCCGAAGUCCCUAUCGCCACAAUUUGCACUUCCCCGACGGGAAACCGUACCGCCGAACUCGCCUGCGCGCGCAUCUACAUCGACGCCAUCGACGAGCAACUAGCCUUCCUGUACGCACGCAGACUGGGAUAUGCGGCUGUGGCGGGGGCUAGUAAGUUUGCGACGAACACGAGUUUGAAUGAUCCGAGUAGGAACGAUGUCGUGGCGGCGGGCAUGGCCGCGAAGGUGUUAAAGUACGGUGCGACGGAGGCUGCUGGGGCGGUCAUGGGUGGAGAGGGGUGUAUGAUUUAUGCGGCGCUGAAGUACGAGGUGGAGACCAUACAAGAGGAGUGCAACAACAAGUUUACGGUGGAUGUGGAGAGGGUUUGCAAAUAGAUGAUGUUCUAUGCAUUCUCAAGAGGACGACUCGUUUCGACAAAAAGGGUUGCCUAUACUCUUCAAAUUGCUACGGACCCGAGCAUGCGACUCAGAGUCCGAAUCGAUGAUUCACAGAGUCUCUAUGGGCAUUGGGGGCUCAGGAGUCGGCUGAGGGUGACAGAGGAGAGCACUUGAGGUACGUCAAGGUGUUAGAAUUCGAUUUUCGAUGUGAAUAGAUUCCAAGAUUCAAGUCAGCAAUGCUGUCAAAGACAAAAAAUUCCUAAGCCGCUGCAAAGGCUGGCCUAAGCC